AAAAAAGAUAUGUUUUAAAUUUUGUAAAGAUAUUUGUACUAUAGAAAAUAAAAUUUUCGUACAUUUUUGAGACCUUAUGAAAUUAAAACCCUUUCGAAAUUUUUUCACUUAUGCAGAUAGAAUUCAUCUUAUAAAAUAGUAUCAAAAGAAAGCUAUUUUGUAAAGUAAUAUAGAAGUGGACAAGGUUUAGAAGUCCCAUUUUGCAACCCCAUCAAAGCUUAAUGUUCAUACUUGAGGAAGUGUAAUAAGACAUUAGUAAGUACUCUAGUUAGCAAGUAAAACAUUAGUUGCAUUCUCCUUUGAAGAAUUAUGGAGUUUUUGACUAUGUUAGGUAUAGGGAAAAAUGUGGAAGGGAUAGAAAAUAAGUUUAAAAAAUUGUGGUAGAUCCUUAUUAUUUAUUCUUCUCAGUGUAUAUUUUCAUGUUCCUUCUGCAUCUACACUGAGAUGCCUACAAUAAAAUCUUAAUAUAAUUGUUUCUAUAUUUUAUAUUACAUAUGUUGGCAUCAUUGUAUGUUAAAAGUGAAUACUGUAUAACUGACUUUGCUGGGAUGGUAUUGUAAUAGUAAAUUAUCUUAGGAAAAUAUGAUAACUUGGAAGCAAAGGGAGACUAUUUUGCAACAAGAUGAGUGAUUUUUAUUGUUAUUAUUACUUGUUUAUUUUAUUAAUUGUUUGUGAACUGCUGUACUUUGCGGUUUUUUUGUUCCAAUCAGUAACUGGAGUUGUUGGUUUGGUACAACCCACUCGAUUUUGGGAAAUUGACAUUGCUUUUAAUUGAAUUUUAAUCUUAUUUGAAUUUUCCUUUUGGGAAAUUAGAAUUAUAACAAAACUAACAAUUUACAGAAUCCAUUAUUUAGGCAUAUUGGUACAUUGUACUUAACAGUUUCCAUGUAAUACAUAUUAUGAAAUUAUGUUAUAUGGGAAGAGAUGCUUACCUGUUAUUGUACACAUAUAGAAAAUUAAGUGUCGGGAUGUCAUGAAUACACUGAAAUGUUAGACAAUUGCAUGAAUUAUUCAAAGUCUUUGUCUUCCAAUAUUUUAGUGUUUUGAAUGUUUGUUAAUUUAAGUUAUUUUGUCUUGUGUAAUAGGUUUAUAAAAUGGUAUUUAAACGGAAGAGGGGGGCUGCUGCAGACAAAAAGGAUGCAGCAGAGAUAAAGAAGAAGGAUCCGAAGGAAGCUUGGCCGAAGUACUACCAAGCCAAUUUCUAUGCUUAUGCUGAUGCACACAAAGAGAAACCUAAAGCAGAUGUGCUUCGUAGUUUUAAGGAGCAAUUCAAGCUUCUUAGCGAUGAAGAGAUUGAGAAUUGGGCUGCAUACGAAGUCGAGGCUUCCCCCUCCAAGGUUGGUGGUAGAGGGAAAGGGAAGAAGGUGAAGGAGACAUUAUCUGUUGAGCCAGGGAUUGACAACAACGAAGGUGUGGGGGACGUUCAAGUUUCUGGUCGUUGCUCAUUCGAGCGUUUGGGGAGAAUAGUCCCACUGCUCAACGAGGCUCAAAAAGAAAUGGUGAGAAAUGCCGGUUUCUCAACAUUUUUAAGGGAGGAUGCCCCGUACAUAGACGCUAAGAUAGUUAGUUGGCUGAUCGAUCACGUGGAUCCAACCACUUCUACCGGAGAUAUUUGGAAGAACAAUCCAACUAUCCUCCAAGCUGUUUGA